UCGGACUCUGAUGAAAUGUCUGAAAAAAGUGUACACCCCGUACCUCGAGGAAUAGUAAAUCCAAAUUAUCCUGGCUUCCAACACUUGGCCCACACUUUACAGGAAUAUUCUUCAAAUAUUGAACCAUUCUAUCAUUCAGAAAAUGAGAUGACGGACGACGACUUGGACGUGGAUAUAGUAGGAUCAACUUUUAAUGAAACAUUGGUCAACGGAAAACUUACUGGCGAUAAUAACAACCAAGAUAUUAAACAUUUGGAAAAAGAUAACUUAGGUAACGAUUUAUCUUUAGAAGUCAAAAGUUGCAUUACAUCUCCAAAAAAUGAUAUGCCAGACUUGCUGAAAACGAUAUCACAGAAUAACAAUAACGUCGAUUCAAUAAACUAUGAUUACAAUUGUUCAGCCAUUGACAUAGAAAACAAUUUUCACACGACUGAUAUCAUAGGUGACUUUAAUAAAGAAGUUGAAGACGAAAUAAGGCAUUUAUUAAACUACAAUAUUAAUAUUGAAGAUGACUUAGAAGAAUUAAGAAAGGACAUCAAAGAUAGUUUUGUGAAACCAAUAGAAACCACCAUAAAUAACAUAAGUGAUGUAGUAAAUCACGUCAUAAAAAAGCUAGUAGAAAAUGAUGUUUAUGACAAAAUUGAAACUCUCUCAUCACCAGAUCUUAUUAAUGACCAUGAAAUGGAAGACGUUACUAACAUUAAUAAACAAAAUGAAAGUAAUACGAGGACUGAAAUGAAUAUAAGUAGGCCUACAUUUUUAUUAAUUGACAACAGCGUUGACAAUAAAAUAACAGAUGCACUUUUGUCAGAUGGAAAAGAUGAAAUUAAUAUUUAUGAGGAAGAAUACGAUACGGAACAACUGAGUCAUAAUGUCGAAAACACCAUUAAACAAUUGAGCACGGAAUUAAGAAAAAUUAUACCAAAAUUAAACGAAAUGCGCGAACGAGAUAAGCUAUGGACUGAAAAUAAAAAAGAUAUUCCCGUUAUUACUGAUGGGAAUUCGAACAAUAUAUUACCUAGCAACUCGAAUCUUAAUAGUGAAACCAGCGCGCGGUCACGUCAUUACAUUGAAAAUACGAAGCGGAGCACACAAAAUAAGCUCAUAUCCAAAAUGAAUCAAUACUCAAUCAAGACUUACGUUGAAUCAAAAGUUCGACAAAACUUUACAAAAAAUGUACCAAAAAGUCAAAACGUGUCCGUCCGUAAAAAUGAUAAUCAAGUUGAACCUGAUUUCGAUAGCUUCGAUGUAUAUAACAUAGAAACAGCAUUACCUAAGUUAGAUUUGGAUACAAUUGAAAGUCACAUAAAAGCAGCUAAAGAUGCUGAAAGACGUGUAAAUACUCCAGAUUUAACGCUUUAUAAUAAUUAUUCUGAUACAGCGUUAAGUCCUCGUGCUAUUGGUACAGCAGAAUGUGCCGAAACAGACAUCGAAUGGCCAACGAUAUUAGACAAUAAUCCUGAUGUAUUAGAUAAAUUUACUAGAAUUAUUACUAUCACUCAAGACGCUCCUUAUGAUAGAAAAAAACGUAAUGAUAGGGAAGAAAUUCGGAAAAGGUUAGCAAUGGGUGUUGAUACUGACGAUUAUUAUAGCUUAGGUCAUAUAGAUCGACCAGGAAAGAAGCCCAGUUUACACUCAAGACUUCAAAAUGGGAAAAAUCUACAAAUAUGCUUUAUGAAUGAAACAGCAUCUGACACUGAAUCUCAAGCGUCAGAUGUUGAGAGAAAUUUCAACAGUAAUAGUAAAAGUUCCUCAAGAUCAAGCCUGUUUAUCAAGAAUAAUUUCAAUCAUCCGUACCAAACGAGACCGCUCUCUGUUAAUAUUACAAAACAUGAGAAAAAUACAAAUACUCAAAGUGGUACAAAACUACGUCCGACAUCCUUAAUGCUAAAAUCUUCAAAGUCUCGGUCGACCCAAUCUCUAGGACACAUUGAAUUCAAGGAAUCAGACUUCUUUGCUCUACAGGCCACUCUUCAAACUGAGGCUAGAAUAGCUCUGGCUCAAGCUAAAGAAAUGGCUCGUAUACAAAUGGAGGUGAUUGUGAACGAGCUUCACUCGCAGAUCGAGGCUCUGAACGAGUCGCUGGUGGCGCUGCUGAUGGCGCGCGACGAGCUGCACAUGGGGCAGGACUCCAUGCUCGUCGACAUCGAGGACCUCACCCGAUACUUAGGUGUCAAAGAGCAGACAAAGAAGACCAAAGGCACUACCAAGUCAGGAGUAAAGAGGCUCUCGUCUUUAGUGCACAAAUAAACAUAUACGUUUAUAUAUUACUCUUAGGUAUAUUUACAGUCUUAUCUGUUGGUGUUAACAUUGGUCUCUUAUUGUAUUGCCUUAAUCAUGUUUAAUCAAAUAUAUAAAGCUAUUGUAUCUUA